CGUGUUGAGGGUCAGUGCCGUCGCCGUCGUCUGCAUUAAUUAAACGCGUUUUAAACAAUAAGCUAGUCAGCUCGAGCAAUUGCACAGCUUCAACUCGCACAAGCGACAGCAACAGCAAAAAGCACAUACACACACAAAAAAUGGCUGCUUCAAUGAGAGCGCUGCUUAAAGUGCGAGAUGGUUUCGCUGCCAGCGUUCGCUGUGGCUCGCAGUACAACAAGACGCGUGGUAAUCUCAGGCUGAGCGGCGACUCCCGUGUCAUCUGUCAGGGAUUCACCGGCAAGCAGGGCACCUUUCACAGCCAGCAGGCGCUGGAGUAUGGCACCAAGCUGGUUGGCGGCAUUUCGCCCAAAAAGGGCGGCACUCAGCAUUUGGGCCUGCCGGUCUUUGCCUCCGUUGCGGAAGCGAAAAAGGCAACGGAUCCACAUGCCACGGUCAUCUAUGUGCCGCCACCAGGUGCCGCUGCUGCCAUUAUGGAGGCACUCGACGCCGAAAUUCCGUUGAUCGUCUGCAUCACCGAGGGUGUGCCCCAGCACGAUAUGGUCAAGGUGAAGAGCGCCCUGAUUAGCCAGGACAAGUCGCGUCUCGUCGGACCCAAUUGCCCCGGCAUCAUUGCACCCGAACAGUGCAAAAUCGGCAUUAUGCCCGGCCAUAUACACAAGCGCGGCAAGAUCGGCGUUGUGUCCCGCUCGGGCACCCUCACCUAUGAGGCGGUGCAUCAGACCACCGAGGUGGGUCUGGGCCAGACGCUGUGCGUGGGCAUUGGCGGUGAUCCGUUCAAUGGCACCGAUUUCAUCGAUUGCCUGGAGGUCUUCCUCAAGGAUCCCGAAACCAAGGGCAUCAUACUGAUUGGUGAGAUCGGCGGUGUGGCCGAGGAGAAUGCCGCCGACUACUUGACUGAGUUCAAUACGGGCAUCAAGGCCAAGCCGGUGGUGUCGUUUAUUGCUGGCGUUUCGGCGCCACCCGGUCGUCGCAUGGGUCACGCCGGCGCCAUCAUCUCUGGCGGCAAGGGCGGUGCCAACGAUAAGAUUGAGGCUCUCGAGAAGGCCGGCGUUAUUGUAACCAGAAGUCCUGCCAAAAUGGGUUACGAAUUGUUCAAGGAAAUGAAGCGCCUGGAGUUAGUUUAGAGUUAAACCAAAACCAAUUGAACAAAAUGUGACAAAGUUAAAACCGAGGUACCACAAGUACGACUCAGAUGAAGAAAUAUGCAAAGCAGUAAAGAUUAUUAACUAAAUUAAGCAAAAAGUGUCUGGAGAAGUGAAAACAAACCAACAACUAAAUGAAUUAUGUCGACAUCCUAAAUAAAUUAUUGUAUAAUUCGCCUAAUGUGAAAAGAAUACGAAAAGUAUAAAAACAAACGAUCUGAA